CCACGUACAAGCAUUGCACAGUCCGUCUUUUUCAGCGUUCUCUGUGGGCUGACUACUGUCAUCAAGAGCCACCGGAUCAACUGAAAUCAGCAUGAGCAGCACUGCACUGCACGGGGGUAAGGACACUCUUGGCUCACAAGGAGGUGUUGGUGACUAGAUGAAAUUAAUUACUACAGCUCAGCCCCUACCCAAUGAAAUGCUUCCAGACACACUGAAGUGAACGGGAGCCUGGAGGAGGCGGCGGCGUCGGCGGGACGAGGGCCGGACCCCGCGGGCACCUCCGGAGGAAGGGGCAGCCGGGGAUCGUGCUGGCGGGGCCACGCUUGCAGCAUGCUGCCCGCACGGACACCGCCCCGGCGCGCCGAGUCCCAGAAGUGAAGGUGUCUGUGCUCUACUGGGGACAAGGGGGACAACCCAUUAGAAGCAGACGUGGUUUUGUAGGUUAGAAAUGAACUUACCUUGGCAGGAAGCACUUGGCCAGGCUGGCAGAGACAGUGCUUAAGCCCUCACAUGCCAGAUUUCUUCAGAAGCACAAAAGGAGAUGUUCUGUUAUUUGAAAAUAACUGGAGCCACUGGCAAGAAGCAGCAGCACUGCAUCAAACAAGGAAAGCAUUUCCAGGUUAUCAGAACAUGCUGUUGAACUGAAUUUUGCAGCUGCGUUUUCCAAUGUACCAUGGGAUGCAUCAAAUCCAAGGCUGCCUGUCAGGGUUCGAAGGCUAUCCCGGAUGAAAAGAUCGGGGGAGGCACCGAAGGAUGCACUGGGGAGAAAUCCUCUCUGAUAGCAGUGAAGGUGGAUGAGAAGGGUCCCUCGAGCACCAUAGUGCUGGACUACGCGCAGCGCCUGUCCCGGGAGAUCCUGGAGCAGGCGGUGAAGCAGUGGGCAGUGACGGAGAGCAAGUACAGCGACAUCCCCUUCAUCGAGAGCGACGUGCCCUGAGCCCCUGAGCCCCUGAGCCUGGCCAGGACCGGCCCCAGGGAGCGGCCUGUCCUGUCUGUGCAGCAGUUUGUACGUGGUACUGGUGCAAAUAAAGCCCAGUCAGCUGUGGUUUGAGGAUAUUGCCACUGUACGGAUGGGUUUGCAAGGAGAGGCUGAAAAAGGUUUGCCUUUUAACCUAUACUGCUAACAAACUAAUUGGAUCACAGUAGAAUCUGUUCAUCGAGUGUCAUUUGUUAUCAGCUGUAUGUUGAGUAUAUUCUGUCUUUGUAUGUGUUGGAUGUGACCAGAAAUUACAGUUAAAAAGAAGAUGAGAGGAACGUGGCUGCCCUCCACCUGUACAAGCAGUGCCACAGAGGCCCCAGCAACACUGAGUGACAAAGUGUGGAUUAUUUCUAGGUACUGCAUAAAAGAUCAGUGGCCUGUUAGCAGGUGAGAAGAACUCCCUGUGCUUGGUACAUUUGUCUGCAUUUUGCUAAAGUGAAACCAAGGUCUGCAUGUAGCAAAGGUAACUGCUGCCAUAAAUUUUACUUUGAUUCUUUGACCUGGCUAAAUCUAUAAUACCACAAAAUAAUGAAGGUGAUGAGAAGCAUUUUAUAAAACCAAGUGGUAUUCAGGGAACCGUAUGGAUGAUAAGACUAUUCACUUUCCAUUCUGAGGUGAACCAGUGAGAAACAGGACAGUAUUGACAAAACAGUGCAUUAUAAUUAACAGAUGCUUCUGUAAAUGCAUGAAAGCUAGUCUGUCAAAUCCUGCAGUAAGGUAGGUUGAUGACAUCUGAUCACUGUGUUCAGACCAAAGCUGUUUGGUUUUUUGGUUUGGGGGUUUGGGGUUUUGUUUAGGUUUAUUUUCAUGUUAGGGUGCUGGUUUGGGCGGGAUUUGGUUUUGUUGUUUCACUGUAACCCAGACAGGUGUGCAAAAACUACUGAUGUUAACUAGUGAAAUGAACCUUCAAAGGUGUGACAGUGUUUUAGGGCAACUUGUUUCAUGGGAACUAUGGCUGUGUUACACUAAAAUUCCUCUCUAAAGCAGCACCUGUGGGACAGGACACCUUCCUGCAGCUUCUGUGGGCUCUUGCUCAUCUGUUGGAAAAUCUGUGUAUAGUGGUGCCAGUAAGAGCCACAGGAGCCCAGACCCUGAGCAGUGCCCUGAAUGCACUGAGUUAGUGACUAAGCCUUAGGCCCAAAGUUCAAGGGCUGCAUUCUUCACCCAUUUUAUCUGGCUUUUAUCCACACACUGCUCCCUGCUUCCCCAGGACUCACAGCUUGACCCACUGUGCUCAUAACUAGUGUUUGACAGAUCAGGAAUGGGAUGGAUUGUAUUAAUCUUAAAGGGACAUUGUUGCAAAGUGAAGGCCUUGUAAACAGCUUGGUGUUUUACCACCUGUUUGUUCCUUUUUUCUGUGAUGGCCAGUUUAAAAGACAUAGUUCUUUUUCCUAGAUCAAAGUGCUUCCCAUUUUAUGUUUUCAUUUUAUAGAGAAAUGCUUUCCAUACUGGCAAAAGCUGUUACUAUUUUUAAAAGGUACACGUAGUUCUAGUGAAUGAUACAAGGCAUGAUUUUUCAAGCAAUGGGAAGCAAGCAGAGAGAGGACCAUGUCAACUGUUAUUUUUAGCUUAUUCUCAGACAUAAGACAGUCUAUGAAUUGAGCUGUUUUGCAAACAUUGAGACACAAACUUAGUUAUUUUAAAUUCACCUAUAUUGGGAAGUGGUUUUAUCAAGAGUAAAGAGUGAAAAAUGCUUGUGGCACAGCACAAAACUGCUACUAACUCCCAGUGACCAGACUGGACCGUGCUAUAAAGACUGUUCUCAGCUUUUGCUGAAAAAGGGAACAAAAUCGGCUUAUGCUGUAAUGUCCUCUUUGAAGUAACAUAGUUGUCUUCAAAGCCAUAUGCAAAGUGGGACUAAGGUAUUAUGGCUCACUUAAACUCUACUGUUAAUAGUGAUGUUCCUUGAAAUUCUACAGCCUAGAAAACAUUAUAUCAUACCCUAUGUUUGCUCUAUCUAAAAAACCUCUGUGUAUUAGGGUGAGUUAGAAAGCAAAGCCAAAACACUGACCAGGUCAGUACAUAUCAGUUGUGCAUUGUUUAACCACAGUAUUAAAGAUU